CCCAGCUGUCUGUUGACAAACGUGACCGAGCUCCAGUUUCGUCUUCAGGUCAAACAAAAUGCAACUUUACGGACUUUUCUCGACAGAGCGGCCCGUGGCGUGAGAACCUGCACGAACCUGCGACCCAGGUGACAGCAGUCAUGCUGAAAUGGUUCUCCGGCGAGGAGGGGGAGCCCGGUCCCGGAGGCCCCGGUCCCCCCUCCGGCCCCCCCGGGGACGGACAGGUCGCCGUGGAGGAGAUGGAGGAGAGACUGAUCCAAACGGAGCAGCUGGUCAACCAGCUGAAGGACAUGAUCCGGGAGAAGGAGGCAGCUCUCCGGUCCAGGGACGAGCAGAUCAAGGUGGAGAAGGAGGCGGCCGAGGCCCGGAUGUCCAAGCUGCGUCUGCAGAACAAGGCCAAGGUGACGUCGCUGACGACGCAGCUGGAGACGCUGAGGAGGCAGACGGGAGAAACUAGCAGCCCCAAACACGGAAAGAAGGGGUCGGUGGAGGGGGGGAGCGAACAGGCCAACCGGGGGAAGAUCGUCCUGCUGAAGAAGAAGGUGGAGGAGCUGGAACAUCAGCUGUCUCAGAAAGACGGGGAGCUGGAGACCGAGAGGGACGAGCUGGCAUCCCAGCGGCGGCGAGGGGAGGACAUGGACGCCCUGCUGGCGGAGAAGGAGGCCGUCAUCAUCCAACUGCAGCAGGGAUUGGCUGGAGCUGGCCCCGCCCCCGCUGCUCAGCCCCCGCCCCCACAGGAGGACGUGGUGCAGCAGCAGCUGCUGCAGAGUCUCAACAGGAAGGUGGAGGAGGCGGAGGAGCGUUACAGCCUCCUGCAGGAGCAGGCCAGUGGCCUGCAGGGGGCGCUGGCCGCCGCCACGCAGCAGUACGAGCAGAAGGAGGCCAUGUACGAGCAGAACAUCCAGACCUUCAAAGACAUCCUCCUGCAGAAGGACGCCCAGCUAGCCGAGGUCCGGCAGACGCACGAGACGGAGCUGUUCAAGCUGGCGGCAAAGUCGGACGCCAGCGCCGACCUGGAGCAGCUCCUGAAGGCCCUGAAGCAGAAGCUGCAUGAGAAGGAGGAGGUUCUGCUGGGAAAAACCCAGGUGAUCGACGUCCUGCAGGGGGAGGUGGACGGCAGGGACCAGCAGAUCAAGGAUCUGGCGGAGCGGCUGCGCCGGCUGCAGGUGGAGCGGGAGAGUCUGGCGUCCAGGAUGGAGGCGGAGAAGCACGUGAUGCGAGCGCAGCUCCGUGACCUGAUGGAGAAGCAGCAGAUGGAGGUGCAGCGGCUGCAGCAGCAGCACGAGGCCCGGGUGGAGCUGCUGAGGACGGAGCUGCAGCAGGAAAUGCAGCAGGAGCUGGAGCAGCUGCGGGUAGCUGCGCCGUCGCUGCCGGCUAGCGCCGACGCCCCAGCCACCGAUCACCCCGACCCCGCCUCCUCCCAGAGGAUCGCCCAGCUGGAAGCUGAAGCGAAGCAGAAGACGGAGGAAGCCGGCAGAUCUGAGGCCAAGUUCCUGAAGAUGAAGGCCUGGUCCAAGUCCCGCAUCCGGCAGCUGGAGGACGAGCUGAAGAAGAGCCAGGCCGGAGCCGCCCCCCCCGACCUGACGGCCCUGCGGAGCCACAUCACGGCCCUGGAGGAGGAACGGGAGGAGAACCGGUGGAGGCUGGACCAGUACGAGGACCUGAGAGCCCAGAACGACAUGCUGGAGGCCAAGCUGGUUCUGUACGAGGAGCAGCAGCGGAGCCUGCAGAUGGACCUGGAGCAGUUCACCAAGCGGGCCGCCUCUCAGGCCAGCGAGUCGGGCAGCGCCGACGAGGUCCAGAACCAGGUUCUGGAGUGGCAGGAGAUGGUGGCGGAGGCCGUCAGCGCCAGGGACCGAGCCCGGGAGGAGAAGGCGGCCUCCGUGCUGCGGAUCACCCACCUGGAGGAGGAGAGGGAGGCUCUGGCCAGCCGGCAGCAGGAGUUGGAGGAGGAGCUGGCCCAGACCCGCGGGCUCGGCCACAACCGGGCCAAGAAGCUGGCGCCGCCGUCCCAGAGGAGCCUGCAGGAAGACUUUGAGUUUGACGGCCAGUCACCGUUCCAGGAGCCUCACAGCGCAUCGGAGAGCACGACCCCGAUGGAGGGAGAGAACAUGGGAGGUUGGUGGCCCGAGUACACUUCCCCCGACACAGACGGCCUGCGGUCGGUGGUGGAGCAGCUGGAGCUGGAGAGGAACCAGCUGCAGGAGCAGAUCCUGGUUCUGGAGGAGCGCUGCCAGGACCUGGAGGACCGUCUGCAGCUGCAGGCCCGGAUCGAGACGCUGCAGGUGACGUUUGAUGUAGAUGAAGAUGAGCAGCCGUGUGGCGUCUCUCAGGCCGACUCGGAGAAGCUGCAGAGCCAACUGGCCUCCGUCCGCAGCCAGCAGAGCCGCGACGCCGAGAAGCACCAGCUGCUGGUGGGCAGCCUGACGGAGCAGCUGCGGGGGCUCACCGACACCCAGGAGUGCCUGGAGAGCUCCCUGGUGGAGAAGGAGACGACGCUGGCGGCGACGGCGCAGCAGCUGGAGCUGGUCGCCGGCCUCCGCCACGCUCUGGGACAGAAGGAGGCGGAGAACCGGGAGCUGGCGGAGCGGCUGCUGCACGCCGAGCACGACCUGGAGAACGUCACCAGGAAGUGCAGCGGCUCGGAGAAGCAGAGCUCCGACCUGAAGGUGGAGGUUAACGACCUCACGCAGAAGCUGAGCGCGCUGAAGGAGAAGGCUCAGAAGCAGGAAGUUGCCUUGGCGACGCUGCAGGCGGAGCUGGAUCAGACCAACGAGGAGCUGGAUAAGCUAAACCAGACCCACCUGGACGAACGCGCCGGGCUCAUCCAUGACCUGCAGAGCUGUGAGCGGGAGAUGGACGGCCUGCGGGAUGCGCUGGCGGAGAAGGACAAGGAGCUGGCCGGCCUGGCGGGCAGUGCCGCCGAGUACGCCGAGCAGCUAUCCGCCCUGAAGCGGGAGGCCAAGCUCAAGGAGGAGAGCCUGGUGCAGCUGGAGGACACGCUGACCAAGGCGGAGCGGGACCUGAAGGUCCUCCGAGACUCGCAGAGCUCCGACCAGCAAGGCCUCAACGGCAGGAUCACUGAGCUGCUAGGGAAGCUGCAGGACGCGACGGCGGAGCUAACGGAGACCCGCGAGGACGGAUGCGCUAAAGCCGCGGAGCUGCAGCGCCUGGCCAAGCAGGCCGAGGAGGACGAGAGGACCGUCCGGGAGCUCCGCAGGGACCUGCAGGAGCAGGCCGCCGACCACCGCAGCCUCGCGGCAGCGCUGAAGGAGCAGCUAGCAGCGGCGGCACAGAAGCUACAGCAGGCGGAGGGACUGGGAGCCGCUAGCGGCGAGAAGCUCCGGCAGGAACUCCGCGACAAGGAGCAGGAGAUCAAGUCCGUCAAGGAACAGCACAACCAGCUCCUGGCACAAGUCGAGGCGCUAACCCGGCAGCUAGAGCAGCGGGCGCAGAGCGAGGCGGCGCUGAAGGAGCAGCUAGCUGCGGCGGCCCAGAAGCUAGAACAGGCGGAGGGACUCGGGCAGGAGCUCCACGACAAGGAGAAGGAGAUCAAGUCCGUCAAGGAGCAGCACAACCAGCUCCUGGCGCAGGUCGAGGUGCUGACCCGGAGCGAGGCGGAGCUCCGGGACACCAUGCACCAGAAGGCGGGCACCGUGACGUCACUGGAGGAGCAGCUAGUGGCGGAGGCCCAGAAGCUACAGCAGGCGGAGGGUCUCGGUGCUGCAAACAGCGAGGCGCUACGGCGGCAGCUCUGCGACAAAGAGCAGGAAAUCAAGUCCGUCAAGGAGCAACACAACCAGCUCCUGGCGCAAGUCGAGGCGCUAACCCUGCAGCUGGAGCAGCGGGUGCAAAGUGAGGCGGCGCUGAAGGAGCAGCUAGCGGCGGCGGCCCAGAAGCUACAGCAGGCGGAGGGACUGGGAGCCGCUAGCGGCAAGAAGCUCCGACGAGAGAUCCGUGACAAGGAGCAGGAGAUCAAGUCCGUCAAGGAGCAGCACAACCAGCUCCUGGCACAAGUCGAGGCGCUAAACCUGCAGUUGGAGCAGCGGGCGCAGAGUGAGGCGGUGCUGAAGGAGCAGCUAGCGGCGGCGGCCCAGAAGCUAGACCAGGUCGUGAACCAGAAAGAUAGCGCCGUGACGUCGCUGGAGGAGCAGCUAGCAGCGGCGGCCCAGAAGCUACAGCAGGCGGAGGGUCUCAGCGCUGCAAGCAGCGAGGCACUCCAGGGGCAGCUCCGCGACAAGGAGCAGGAGAUCAAGUCCGUCAAGGAGCAACACAACCAGCUCCUGGCGCAAGUCGAGACGCUGACCCGGCAGCUGGAGCAGCGGGCGCAGAGCGAGGCGGCGCUGAAGGAGCAGCUAGCGGCGGCGGCCCAGAAACUGCAGCAGGCGGAGGGACUCGGGCGGGAGCUCUGCGACAAGGAACAGGAGAUCAAGUCCGUCAAGGAGCAACACAACCAGCUCCUAGCGCAAGUGCAGGCGCUGGAGCAGAGUGAGGCGGCACUCCGUGACGCCGUAAACGAGAAGGCGGGCGCCGUGACGUCGCUGGAGGAGCAGCUAGCGGCGGCGGCGCAGAAGCUGCAGCAGGUGGAGGGACUGGGAGCCGCUAGCGGCAAGAAGCUCCGACGAGAGCUCCGUGACAAGGAGCAGGAGAUCAAGUCCGUCAAAGAGCAGCACAACCAGCUGCUGGCGCAAGUCGAGGCGCUAAACCAGCAGUUGGAGCAGCGGGCGCAGAGCGAGGCGGCGCUGAAGGAGCAGCUAGCGGCGGCGGCCCAGAAGCUAGAACAGGCGGAGGGACUCGGGCAGGAGCUCCGCGACAAGGAGCAGGAGAUUAAGUCCGUCAAGGAGCAACACAACCAGCUCCUGGCACAAGUCCAGGCGCUGACCCGGAGCGAGGCGGAGCUCCGGGACGUCGUGAACCAGAAAGAUAGCGCCGUGACGUCGCUGGAGGAGCAGCUAGCAGCGGCGGCCCAGAAGCUACAGCAGGCGGAGGGUCUCAGCGCUGCAAGCAGCGAGGCACUCCAGGGGCAGCUCCGCGACAAGGAGCAGGAGAUCAAGUCCGUCAAGGAGCAGCACAACCAGCUCCUGGCGCAAGUCGAGGCGCUAAACCUGCAGCUGGAGCAGCGGGCGCAGAGCGAGGCGGCGCUGAAGGCGCAGCUAGAGGCGACGGCCCAGAAACUGCAGCAGGCGGAGGGACUCGGGCGGGAGCUCCGCGACAAGGAGCAGGAGAUCAAGUCUGUCAAGGAGCAACACAACCAGCUGCUGGCACAGGUCGAGGUGCUGACCCGGAGCGAGGCGGCACUCCGGGACGCCAUGAACCAGAAGGCGGGCGCCGUGACGUCACUGGAGGAGCAGCUGGAGGCCGCCCGCAAACAUCUGGAGGAGCAGCUGCGAGUCUGGGAUUCCCAACACGAGGAGCUGAGCAGCAACCUGAAGAGCUCGCAGGCGGAGAAGCAGCAGCUGCAGGAGAAGCUCCGCGGCCUUGAGGACAAGGCGGCGAGGACGCUAGCUGAAGCUGCUGCUGCGGCGGAGGCCCUGCGGGCCGAGCUAUCUGCCGCAGAGACGCUACACUCUGAAAACGCCACGACGAUCAAGGAGCUCCGGAGGGAACGGGACGAGCUGACGGAGCGGACCGGCGAGCUGAGUCGGGUCCUGGAGCAGAACUCGCUGUCAAACUCGAAGCUGCUGCUAGCGAAGACGGAGGAGUGUGGCGGUCUGGAGCGUCUCCUUGCGGAAGGCCGGGCGGAGCUGGACCAGCUGCAGCGGGCCGCUGGCGGCGUCCAUGCGGAGACGGAGGCCCGGCGGGACCAGCAGAGGCGGCUGGAGGAGACGGUGUCUCAUCUCCGGGAGCAGGAGUCGAAGCUGAGAGCGGCGGCGCUGGAGAAGGAGGCGGAACUCCAUCGCCUGCGCGGCGAAGCCGCCGCCCACGUCGGCACCAUCUCCGAGCUCCGCGACGAGGCCCAGGCGCUGACGCAGGAGCGCCGGGUUCACAAAGAGGAGCUGGACCAAAGAAACCAGACCAUCAGGUCCCUGACGGACCGCGUUGGCAUCCUGGAGGAGGCAGCCCGGCGGCUGGAGGCGGAGUCGGAGGCCCGGGGGGCGGAGCUGGCCGCGCUGAACAGCCGGAUCCAGGCGGCGGCGGAGGAGAACCGGCGGCUCGGCGAGGAGGCGGCGCGUCUGGCGGCGGAUAACUCUGAACUGACCUCCGAGGGGAGUCGGCUCCGCCAGGGCGCCGCCGCCCUGCAGGAAACCAUCAACGGCCUGCUGAAGGACAAGGAGGAGCUGCUCGCCACGGCCGGCGAGCUCAGGCGCUCCGCCGCCGCCGCGCUGCUGGGGAAGACUGACGAGUGCUCUAAGCUGUCGGAAAUGCUGGAGGAGAAGGAGCGUGCGGCGGCGGAGCUGACGAGGCGCUUCGAGAGCCGCCAUGACGAGCUGGAGAAGCGGAACGCGUCAGUGAUGUCGCUCAGCGCUCAGCUGGGCGUCAUGAACCAGAGCGCCGCCGAGAUGGAGGCCGAGAUCGGCCGCCUGACGGCGUCGGCGCAGGAGGCCGAGGCCCGGCGGGAGGCGGAGGUCCAGGCGCUGAGCUCGGCCCGGACGCAGCAGGAGAACCUGGUCCAGCAGCUCGGCACCAGGCUGCAGCGCUCGGUCCAGGACAACGCCGACCUGCAGGAGCGAGUAUCGGAGCUCCAGGCCCGGGAGCAGCAGAGCCUGCAGCAGCAGACGGAGCUCCAGAACCGGGUCCACUUCCUGUCCGCCGAGGCCGAGACCCUCGGGGGGGCCGCGGACCGGAACCAGAGCGCCCUGGACCACCUCCGGGACCAGAACGCUGCCCGUCUGGAGGAGCUGCAGGACCUGAGGGCGCAGCUCUCCGAGGCCGAGGCCCUGAGCCGCCGCCUCCUGCAGGAGAAGGAGGAGGCGCUGGCGGCCCAGCGGGCCGGCGCCGCGGCGCUGACGGUGGAGCUGGACCGGGUCAGGGCGCAGCACUUGCAGGUGGCGGCGCAGCUGGACGCGCUGACGGAGAACCUGGAGCAGCGCGAGAUGGCGCUGCAUGCCAUCAACGGCCAGUACGCUGCGCUGGCGGCGCGCGCCGCGCAGCUAACGGCGGAGAGGCGGAGCCUGGAGGAGCAGAACCGGAACCUGGAGGAGCAGAACCGGAGCCUGGAGGAGCAGAACCGGAGCCUGGCGGAGCAGAACCGGAGCCUCGACGUGAAGGAGGCAGCGCUGAAGCCGGAGGCGGAGCUAACACGGAGCCUGCAAGCUCAGGUUAGUGCUCGAGACCAGCAGCUCUCUCACUUGCAGGACAGCGUCCAGAACCUGGAGUCGGUCCUGCGGGACUCUGAGGACGAGUGGAUCUCGGUUCUGGACCGGGAGAGGCGGGACAAGGAGGAGCUAGCGGGGCGGCUGAGCCGGGUCGAGGCCGAGCUGGCGGCCCGAGACGCCGCCGUGGCGGCGCUGGAGGAGAGACUGGUGGAGGCCCGGGAGGCCCGGGAGGCCAAGGACCAGCUGGAGAGCCCGGUUCUGGAGGAGGAGGAGGCGAGGCGGGUCCAGAACCAGCAGCAGGAGCAGCUGCUGGCGGCGCUGAGUCAGCAGCUGAAGGACCGGGACGGCGCCGUCAACCGGGUCAUGGAGGCGGCUUCGGGAGAGAGGGUGAGGCUGGGCCAGCAGAACCGGGACCUGACGGACCAGAACCGGGCCCUGACGGAGCAGCUGGAGAGGUCCGAGCAGCUGAAGCUGGAGCUCCAGAAGGACGAGGAGGUUCUGCAGAACCGGGUCACCGGGCUGAGCCGGGAGAAGGAGGCGGGUCGGAGGAAGCUGCAGGCGGCGCUGCUCGCCAGGAAGGAGCUGAUCCGGAGAGUCGAGGAGCUCCAGAACCAAAACCAGAACCAGGCGGAGCAGGAGGCCCGUCUGAGGGAGGAGCUCCAGAACCAGGACCAGAACCAGGACCAGGAGGCCCGGGACUCCUCCCCCAAAGGGCCGGAGCCGGACCUGGAGGCGGAGCUCGCCCACGCCGCGGCGGAGAAGCUGGUUCUGCAGAAGAAGCUAACGGCGGCGCUGCUAGCUCGCCGCGAGACCGCCAGGAAGCUGGAGGCCAAGGAGGCGGAGCUAAAGGAGCUCCGAGACUCCGCCUCCUCCAGCCUGGAGGCCAAGGAGGCGGAGCUUAGCCGUCGGCAGGAUAAGAAAGCCGCGCAAAAAGCGGAAUUCCAGCGCCUGGAGGCGGAGCUUCACCAGCAGCAGGACAAGAACGCCACGCAGGAGGCGGAGCUUCAAGCGAAGGAGGCGGAGCUUGAAACUGUCUCCGCGGAAGCAGGCUGUAAAAACGAGGCGCUAGCGGAGAUGGAGCUGCACUCCGCGGCUCUGACAUCACAGCUGGGUGACGCCCAGGCCGAAGCUCGCCACAAGGGGGAGGAGCUAGAGAAACAUCAGGCCGCCGCCCAGUUGGCGAGGGAGGCGGAACUCGCCCGUGUGGCGGCGGAGAAGCUGGUUCUGCAGAAGAAGCUGCAGGCGGCGCUGCUAGCUCGCCGCGAGACGGCCAGGAAGCUGGAGGCCAAGGAGGCGGAGCUAAAGGAACUACAUGACUCCGUCUCCUCCCGGCUGGAGGUGAAGGAGGCGGAGCUGGAGGCCAAGGAGGCAGAGCUAAAGGAGCUCAGAGACUCCGCUUCCUCCUACCUGAAGUCCAAGGAGGCGGAGCUGCAGGCGGUCUCCGCGGAAGCGGGUCGUAAGGAUGAGGUGCUAGCAGAGAUGGAACGGCACUCUGCGACUCUGACAUCACAGCUGGGCGUCGCCCUGGCCGAAGCUCGCCACAAGGGGGAGGAGCUAGAGAAACAUCAAAGGGAGGCGGAGCUGGUGAAGGAGGCGGAGCUAAAGGAACUACGUAACUCUGCCUCCUCCCGCCUGGAGGCCAAGGAGGCGGAGCUGCAGGCGGUCUCCGUGGAAAUGGGGCGUAAAGAUGAGGCGCUAGCAGAGAUGGAGCGCCUCUCUGCGGCUCUGACAUCACAGCUGGGCGUCGCCCAGGCCGAAGCUCGCCAAAAGGGGGAGGAGCUAGAGAAACAUCAAAGGAGGGCGGAGCUGGCGAAGGAGGCGGAGCCAAGGGAGGUUCAGGAUCAGCAACAAGACGAGCUGCAGCUACUACAGAAGUCCCCAGACGACACCAGAACCCGGGACCAGCAGGACCGGACCGGCCCGCUGGCCCGGAAGCUGCAGGCGGCGCUGCUCUCCAGGAAGGAGCUGCUGAAGGAGAACGCUUCCCUGAAACAGGAAGUGGAGGCGUCGUCGGCCCGGCAGACGGCCCUGCUGGAGGAGCGGGACCGGGCCGGUGCCGAGGCCCGGCGGCUGCACGGUGAGAACGGCAGCCUGGCGGCGGCGUGCAACAGCCUCAAGCUAACCAUCGAGGGCAUCACGCAGCAGAAGCGGGCGUUUUCUCACCAGCUGGCGUCCCUGCAGGACUCCCAGCAUGCCGCGCUGCAACAGCAGGAGGAGCCGGAGCAGGCGGAGGCCCGGCGGGCCGAGAUGGAGGUGCUGGAGGGGCGGGUCCGGGAGGCGGAGCGGCACCGCGGCAGGAUGCUCAAGCUCGCCGAGGAAAACCAGCGGCUGGAGGCGGAGCUUAGCCGGCUGCAGAACAAGAACGCCACGCAGGAGGCGGAGCUUCAGCGACUGGAGGCGGAGCUUCACCAGCUGCAAGACCAGAAUGCCCAUAUGGAGGCGGAGCUUCCUCGGCUGCUGGACCAGAACACCACGCAGGAGGCGGAGCUUAGCCGGCAGGAGGCGGAGCUUAGCCGGCUGCAGGACAAGAACGCCACACAGGAGGCGGAGCUUAGCCAGCAGGAAGCGGAGCUUCGCAAGCUGCAGGAUAAGAACACCACGCAGGAGGCGGAGCUCCAGCGCCUUGAGGCGGAGCCUCCCCGGCUGCAGGAACAGAAACGGCAGCUGGAGGCGGAGCUUCACCAGCUGCAGGACCGGAGCGCUCUGAUGGAGGCGGAGCUCCAGCGCCUGGAGGCGGAGCAUCGCCGGCUACAGGACCAGAACCAGGGACUGGAAGCGGAGCUUAGUCGACUGCAGGACAAGAACGCCACGCAGGAGGCGGAGCUUAGCCGGCUGCAGGACCAGAAGCAGCGACUGGAGGACAUGAACGCCGUGCAGGAGGCGGAGCUCCGCCGGCUGCAGGAUUCCUUGGCGGACCUUCAGGACCAGAACCGGUCCCUCUUGGCUCGGGUCGAGGCCCAGGACACGGAGCUCCGGGCCCAGCGGGAGGAGAUGGAGGAGAUCCGGACCGAGCAGGAGCUGGAAUCGGGCCGCAGAGACGCCGUCGUCAGAGAGCUGCAGGACGUCAUCGAGCGGCGCGGCCAGGACGCCGUCGGCCUCGGAGAGACGGUCCGGAUCCUGCAGGACGACAAGGCGGUGCUGCAGGAGGAGCUGGAGGGCAGCCGGGAGGCCGUCAGCGCCCUGCAGGCCCACGAGGCCCGGCUGGAGGCCCGGAUCCUGGAGCUGGAGACCCAGCUCAGGGCGGCGGCGCGGCGAGGCAGCGAGGGAUCCCGGAGCGCCAGGGCGGAGCUGCAGGAGCUGCUGAGGGAGAAGCAGCAGGAGGUCCGGCUGCUGCAGCAGGACUGUCUCCGGUACCAGGACCGGGUCCUGGACCUGGAGGCGGAGCUUAAGAAGUUACAAGAGGCGGGGCUUACAAAGUUACAAGAGGCGGAGCUUAAGCUGCAGGAGGCGGGGCUUACGAAGUUACAAGAGGCGGAGCUUAAGCUGCAGGAGGCGGGGCUUACGAAGUUACAAGAGGCGGAGCUUAAGCUGCAAGAGGCGGGGCUUACGAAGUUACAAGAGGCGGAGCUUAAGCUGCAGGAGGCGGGGCUUAAGAAGCUAGAGGAGGCGGGGCUUAAGAAGCUGAGCGCCGCGUCUGAGGCGGAGCAGCUCGACCCGGAGACGAGGGCGGAGCAGACCGAGCCACAAGUGCUGGAGCAGGAGAACCCGGUCCUGACCCGGGUCGGGUCCAGGGACGGCUCUCCGGACCGGGACGCGGGCGGCGGCGCCGGCGGCCCGAAGCACGAGAUCCGGCAGCUGCUGCACCAGAUGGACGACCUGAACUCGGAGAACGCGCUGCUGCGGGCCCAGCUGGUCCGGUACCGGCAGGACCUGAACCGGGUCCUGGCCCUGAAGGACCACCAGCUGCAGGACCUGCUGGCCCAGCAGCUGGACCGGACCCGGGACCUGGAGCGGGAGGCGGAGUCUCUGAGGGCGGAGCGCGACGCGGCGGCGCAGAAGGUUCUGGACCUGGAGAAGCAGAACCGGGCCACCGGCGCCGAGCACGAGUCCCUGCGCGGCGCCACGGCGGCGCUGCAGGACGACCGGGACCGGCUGAUCCAGGACUUCAAGGUUCUGCAGGCCCGGUACGACCGGGAGCUGCGGGAGUCCCGGAACGGCGCGACUGCGGCGGAGCGGCGCCUGCAGGACGCUGGCGCCGACCUGGCGGCGCUGACGCAGGAGAGGGACGUCCUGGCCCGAAGACUGGCGGUUCUGGACCGGCCCGACCGGGUCGACGCCCAGGCCGACGCCCGGGCCGGGCUGCACCGGCUGCUGGACGAGCUAACGGCGGCGCUGGCGGGGAAGGAGCGGGAGCUAGCACUCGCCGCCGCGCAGAGCGGCGCCCACCAACGCCAGCUGGCGGCGUUCUCCGGCUCCAUGGCGGCGCUGCAGGACGACCGGGACCGGCUCAUGGACCUGCUGGCCGGCGCCGGGUCCGGGGGCGUGGCCGGGCCCCGGCUGGGGGCGGAGCCGGGAGGAGUGGGCGGCGCCGACCCGGCGUUGACGAAGCUGGCGGCCGCGGUACCGCGACCCACAAUGCACCAGGACGUCCAGCGGGAGGCUGCUCUUCUCAGGUCCGGACCGGGGAAGGAGGACCUGCAGACCCCAACGGUUCCCUCGGAGGCGGAGAGGAUUCAGCUGGACCUGCAGCAGAACUUGCAGCGCUGCGUCUACGAGAUCCAGCAGCGGGACCAGAACCUGCAGCAGCUCAGCACCAAGCUGCAGCAGGCGGGGGAGGAGAAAGCUGCGGUUGCUGCCCAGCUGAGGGCCGUGUCCCAGACCCUGAGGGACACCCAGGACCGCGUCCACUGGCUGGAGAACCAGAACCGGGUCCAGCAGGGUCCGGACCCCCAGGUGGCCCCCGGGGCCCCCCAGGAACGGAGCACCGAGUCCAUGAUGAGUGAAGCUGCUGAAGCCCCCCGGCUGAGAGACAGGCUGCUGGAGGCCGAGCUGAGUCUGGCGGAGGAGAAGAACCGGAGGGAGGCGGCCGAGGAGGCGCUGCGCCUGGCGGAGGAGAACCGGCUCACCAGCUCCGGCCCGUCCAGAGACGUCCAGAGGGACAUCAGCAUCGACAUGGAGGCCGAGGACGAGUGGGACGCCGUCAGCCUGGACCCCACGCAGCCGCUGGUGGCGCAAAAGGUGAAAGGGGGCGUGGUCUCGUGCCGCCGCUGGCUCCGGGGGCGGAGCCUGUACUUCUCCAGACUGCUGACGAGCCGCGGCCGCUCCCGCUACCUGUUCCUGGCGUACCUGCUGACGCUGCACCUGCUGCUGCUGCUGUGCCUGACCGGGGCCUUGUAGCCGGCCCGGCCCGGUUCUGGCCCCCCCGGCUCUGCUGGACUCUGGUCCUGGACUCUGGUCGGGUUCGCUGCCCGUCUGUAUUUAUUCUCUGCUGAGACGGGUGGAUGUGCAGGAAGCCAUAUCUGUGUUGGGCUGCUACCCAGAAUGCCCUGCGGCGGCUGCUGCUGCUCGGCUCCGCCCCCUCGUCACCAGUUGCACAUAAUCGUAAUGCUGACACUGAACUAAACUCUAAACUAAACUCUAAACUCUAAACUAUGCACUGACCCGCCGGCAGCAGCAUGACGCCGCAGCGCUGCCUUCCCUUUAACCUUCAAGCCAAAGUGGCGGCGCCCCCACCCCCCUAACCCCCCCCGCCGCCGCCGAGCAUCAUGGGAGUUUGAGGUUAUUUAUCGUGUCUCCAGGUGUUUGUUUGUUUCCAUGACGACACAUUUCCUUUUGAAUGUUUUGAGUUACUCCCCAGAGAUCUAUUUAUGACGGUGAAACUACUGACGACCGGCGGCUUUUCUGCCUCUAUUUUUAUGACGUAGAGAGUUCUGUGCAAUACCGGGUCUGUACCGGAUCAAUACCGGGUCUGUACCUGGUCGAUGCCUGGUCUAACUGUAUACCGGGUCGGUACCGGGUCGGAGGCGGUCCUCCGCCUCAACACGAGUUAAUAAAGUCUACUGAUGUCC